AUGGCUCGCCACGGGGAUACUCGCUCACCAUCACCUGUAGGCAGCACGUAUUCCUCAUCCAGACGGAAUCGCAGAGACGAUGAUCGCUAUGAGAGGAGCCGGCGAGACGAUGGCAGGAGUUAUCGCCGAUCGCGCAGUCCUGAGAGACGAUACCGUGAACGCGAACGCGAUCGCGACCGUGAUGCUUUCCGGAGACGUGACCGCUCGCUAGACAGACGCGACGAAGAUUCAUAUCGACCCGGUCGCAGAGAACGCUCUCGCGAUCGACGACGCUCUCGGGAGCGCGACGAUUACCGUCGACGAAGCCGCGAUAGGGACUAUCGAAGCAGGCGAGAAGAUUCCCGCGACAGGGCUCGAAGGCGGACAGAUGAUUCUGCUGACUUGAAGUACAAGUCUAGACGGGACGAUAGCCGGGAUCGGGCUAAGGAUGCUCCUAGGUCUCGUGAGACUUCGAAGCCGUCAACACCAGCAGCCACCGCGGCCCCGACAGAGGACGAAAAGAGGGCGGAGAGACUCGCCAAGCUGGAAGCAUGGAAGCAAAAACAGGCCGCUGAGAAGGAACGGAAACAGCGAGAAGCUGCAGCAGCUGGCGGAGCGAGAAGUAUCUUAGAAGAGAUCGAUCGCAAGUCUGGUUUGUCACCGGCUGUCAGUUCUCCCCAAUCUCCUGCAACACCAGGCGUUGAUGCUACUCCCGGUACAUAUACUGGGAAGUUUGAUCCAAAGGCGAUUGCAAAGAGUGCUUCUUCUACACCCGCGCCCCCGGCGGUGCUGGGCAAUGAUGUUGCCGUCCCGCCAUCUGUCAAGCCAGUUACUACCAUCCCCUCUCAGGUCAAGCCCAAGUCUACUACAAGUGCCUCAGCUACCUUGAAGGCGAAAGGCAACGUUGGUGGUUUUGGCUUAGGUACCAAGCAAGCGGCAGAUACCGAAAAGUCCACGGCUACCAAGACUUUAGGAUUCGGAGAGGAAGAGUCGACACGCAGGAAGUUAGAAAGGCUACCUACCCCUCCCUUAGAAGACGCGAAGGAUGUCAAUGGAACUGCAGAUGGUGCCGCUGAUGAGGACGAAGACGAUGUCGACAUGCAAGACGGUGGCACAGAGGAAGAGGCGGCGGCGGCGGCACGAGCAGCGGCGGAGAGACGGGAAGAGCGCUUGCAGAGCGAAGCUAUAAAAGCCCAAUCCAAUGGUGCCGAAUCGAAUGACACCGUAAUGGGAGACGCUCCUAGUCAAGAGGCCGCCGACAACAUGGAGGUCGAUGCUCAAGAAGAGGAGGAAAUCGAUCCUUUGGAUGCGUUUAUGUCAGAGCUUGCCGAGUCGGCACCUCCAAAGAAAAAGGUCGGCGCCAAAUUUUCGAGGACCAAAGAGCAGCAGCCUGAGGCUUUGUUCGGUGAUGAGCAUGACAUUGAUAUGACUGCCGUCGGGGACGGGGAUGCAGAUGACUUCCUCGCCAUUGCGAACAAGGCCAAGAAGAAGAAGGAUAUUCCAGCUGUCGACCACAAGAAGGUUGAAUAUGAAACCUUCCGGAAGAAGUUCUACACGGAGCCGUCUGAUUUGGCACAAAUGUCGGAUGAAGAGGCGGCAAGUCUGCGUCUGGAACUCGACGGCAUUAAAGUUCGCGGUGUUGACGUUCCCAAGCCAGUCCAGAAAUGGUCUCAAUGUGGGUUGGGAGUGCAGACCCUGGAUGUGAUCGACAAGUUGGGAUACGAGAAGACUACCUCGAUCCAGGCUCAGGCCAUUCCUGCGAUUAUGUCUGGGCGUGAUGUGAUCGGUGUGGCUAAGACGGGAUCUGGUAAAACAAUCGCCUUCUUAAUUCCCAUGUUCCGACACAUCAAGGAUCAACGGCCGCUGGACAACAUGGAAGGUCCCGUUGGUUUGAUCAUGACGCCUACUCGUGAACUGGCGACGCAGAUUCAUAAGGACUGCAAGCCAUUCCUCAAGGCUUUGAACCUCCGAGCCGUUUGUGCUUAUGGCGGCGCGCCCAUCAAAGAUCAAAUUGCUGAUUUGAAGCGUGGUGCCGAGAUCAUUGUCUGCACACCGGGCCGAAUGAUCGACCUUCUGGCAGCAAACGCCGGUAGAGUCACUAAUCUACGCCGGGUCACUUAUGUGGUCCUUGAUGAGGCGGACCGGAUGUUCGACAUGGGCUUCGAGCCGCAGGUGAUGAAAAUCAUGGCCAACAUUCGCCCUGACCGGCAGACGGUGCUUUUCUCGGCUACUUUCCCUCGGAAUAUGGAAGCGCUGGCUCGCAAGACCCUGACGAAACCGAUUGAAAUUGUGGUUGGUGGCAAGAGUGUCGUGGCUCCCGAGAUCACGCAGAUCGUUGAAGUGCGCAAUGAUGACCAGAAAUUUGUGCGUUUGCUGGAACUCCUGGGUAACCUGUAUUCGAGCGACGAGAAUGAGGACGCACGUGCUCUCAUUUUCGUUGAUCGUCAGGAAGCUGCUGAUGCACUGCUUCGUGAGCUCAUGCGCAAGGGCUACCCAUGCAUGUCCAUCCACGGAGGCAAAGAUCAGAUUGACCGUGACUCGACCAUUGAGGAUUUCAAGGCUGGUAUCUUCCCUGUGUUGAUAGCCACGUCUGUUGCCGCUCGUGGACUGGAUGUGAAGCAACUGAAGCUCGUCGUGAACUACGAUGCACCCAACCACUUGGAGGAUUAUGUUCACCGCGCAGGACGUACGGGACGUGCCGGUAAUACCGGAACAGCGGUCACUUUCCUCACGGAGGACCAAGAGCGCUACUCCGUCGACAUCGCCAAGGCAUUGAAACAGAGUGGACAAAAGGUGCCAGAGCCGGUACAGAAACUGGUCGACGCUUUCUUGGAAAAGGUCAAGGCUGGCAAGGAGAAGGCCAGUGCCUCUGGAUUCGGUGGAAAGGGUCUGGAGCGUCUGGACCAGGAGCGUGAUGCUGCUCGUAUGCGUGAACGGCGUACGUACAAGACUGGCGAAGAGGGCGAAGAUGAGGAAGAAAAGGAAGAGAAGAAUGAGCAAGCCGAGGAGCGGUUCAACAAGGCUAUCUCGUCUGUGCAAUCUACGGCAGCUCCAUCCCUGCCUGGUGUACCAAAGGGCAUUGAUCUUGAUGGCAAGAUCACCGUGCACAAGACGGAGAAGGAUCCGAACAGCACGUCCAAGAACCCACUGGAUAAGGUGGGCUCAGCCGUUGCGGAUAUCCACGCGCGCUUGAGCCGCGCAGGAGUGAUGAGAUCUGGAGUGCCCAUCGACAACCGCGGGCCCGAUGCAGGCGCGUUCCACGCCACCUUGGAAAUCAACGACUUUCCUCAAAAGGCUCGGUGGGCCGUCACCAACCGCACCAACGUGGCCAAGAUCUUGGAGGCCACGGGUACAUCCAUCACUACAAAGGGCAGCUUCUAUCCUACGGGCAAGGUGCCUGGACCCGGCGAGAACCCCAAGUUGUAUAUUCUUGUUGAAGGAGAGACGGAGCUGGCCGUGACAAACGCCAUGCGCGAAUUGAUGCGACUGCUGAAGGAGGGCACCAUCGCGGCGGCGGAUAGCGACGCGCGGGCACCCGUGGGAGGUCGCUACAACGUGGUUUAA